AUGGCGCAAAUGGCCGAUCCUAGGGAAGCUCAACGUCCUCAAUAUCCUUCUCCGGAUGAUCCGAACCAGGGUGGUGGUUAUUACUCUCAACAAUCUCCUCAAAGGGCCUCGGCGAGAGACGACAGGAAUGCGUAUCCCCCUCCAGAUCCAUCCCGUCAAGGCCAAUAUCCAGACGCCAGAGCGACGCAUCCAUAUCCUCCUCCGCAAGGUUGGCCAGGUCAGCAUAGUGCUUAUCCUCCUCCUCAGCCCUAUCCUGAUCCUCAACAUCCAGGAUAUGCCUAUCCCUCGAGACCGGAUCUCGGUCAACCUCCUCAACCAAUGCAGCCAGAUGCCUAUCGCCUUCCCCCACCAUAUCCUCCCGCUCACGGAUAUUACCCUCCUCAACACUAUGCGCCUCCUCCACCGGCGGCGGCACCGAGACAGCGAACAGCCAUAGCCUGCAAGUAUUGUCGAAAGAGAAAGAUUCGAUGCUCGGGUUAUGACAGUUCUCCAGAUGGCCGCUGUCAGAAUUGUGUCCGGUUCAACCAACAAUGUCUGUUUCAUCCCGUCUCGUCGCAAGCGGCCUUUGUUCCAGCCAACGCCGUCUACGGACCUGGUGCCAGGGCUCCCAUCGCUGGUCAAUCUGACAGUCGCACCGGUCAAAAUGGACACGAACAACCAAUGCUCUACGGUGCGCACGGACAGCCCCUAGGACCCCCCGGACCACACGGACAACCUCAAUAUAACUAUCCGCCCCCACCUCCGGCCCAUAGCUAUCCUCCUCCUCAGUCUUAUCCUCCAUAUCAGGCUGGUAUGCCAACGUACCCUCCAGCUGGGUCACCGUAUGACGCACAAGGACAGGCUCAGCCUGCCCAACAUGAUGAACGUGUCAGUCUUAAGCGUCCCCCUCCUGAUGAUGACCCCCACAACGAGAAUUCUCAUGAAUCCCAGUCUCCCCACCCGAACUCUCGUCCUCGUCAUAGUACAUAUGAGUCGCGUGCCAAUAGUAGCGGCAGCUACGAUUACGCUGAUCCUAAUAGCGGGGCACCUACCUCGCCUGCAACCUCGACCAUGAGCUAUCAGUCUUAUCCUCAGCAACCACGCUAUCCAAACGGCAAUCAAUCCCAAAAGGGCAAUGUGUCACCUCCAUCGGGAUUGACACCACAAUCAGCACAAAGCUUCAACUCACCCCUUCAUGGCCAGGGUCCCGAUGAUGGAAGAACUCCACCUCCAAAUCAUCCGAAUUCUGCCGCGUCAUCUGCUAAUGGCAGAAGUGGCAUGAAAGUACAUGAAAUGCUUGGUAAUCCGACUACCGGCGUCCCAGAACUACGAGGGAGAAACGACAACGAAAUGUUGAGCAAACUUGACGGCAAGAAAUAA